AUGAAGAAACCGAUUCUGGCCAACCUUAAAGUGUUUGGAUGCCACGCGUAUGUUCAAGUGCCUCAAGACAAACGCGCGAAGUUCGACUCCAAGUCAUCACUCUGUCGUUUCCUGGGAUACGCCGAACACCAGAAGUCAUAUCGAUUUGAGGAAGUGUCAACAGGAGCGAUCAAGAUCAGUCGCGAUGCCACAUUCAUGGAAGACAAGUUUGAUGAAGGUCCGCGCAACUACAACGAUGAGUCAAGUGUCGUUGAGUUUGAUGAUCAUGAUGAGGACGAAGAAAAAGAAGAAGGUAAAACUGACGACGACAUGGACUCGAGCGACGAUGACAACGAAGACACCAGGUCUUCGAAGAGCAACAUCAAGAGACACACGCGCACUCAAUCACUUGAGAAAGCUACCGUCAUUCCAAGUCCCAAGCGAAGAACAUACAGAGGUCCGUCGCUUGAGCAUGUUGGGGAAACGCCGACUACAUUCAAGUCGGCGAUGGAAUCAAGCGACUCCGGCAAGUGGAAAGAAGCGUGUGACUCGGAGUUCGAUUCGCUUCAGAGAAACGACACGUGGGAAAUCGUGCCUCUUCCGAAAGGUCGCAAGGCCAUUGGGUGCCGAUGGGUUUUUCGUGUAAAGGAGAAUCAAGAUGGCGAAGUUGAACGUUUCAAGGCAAGACUUGUGGCCAAAGGAUUCUCACAGGAAUUCGGAGUUGACUAUGAAGAAACUUUCGCACCGGUGGCCAAGUUCACAUCGAUUCGUGUGGUGCUCAGUAUGGCGGCUAAGUACGGCCUAAUGCUACAUCAGAUGGACGUCAAGACAGCGUUUCUUAACGGCUCCCUCAACGAAGACAUCUACAUGGACCAGCCGGACGGAUACCUGGAUGCAACACAGCCGGACUAUGUGUGCAAGCUAAAGAGAUCACUCUACGGCUUGAAGCAAUCGCCUCGCAUGUGGAACCAAACAAUCGAUGGGUUCAUGAUCAAGAUGGGAUUCAAGAAGUGCGAAUCGGACCACUGCAUCUACAUCAAGCGAGACGACCAAGACAUGAUUCUCGUGGUGCUCUACGUCGAUGAUCUCAUCCUGGCCAGCAGCAACAACGAACUCCUCAAGUCAACCAAGAUGGCGCUGAGCAAACGCUUCGAAAUGACGGAUCUCGGUGAGCUCGAUUACUUUCUCGGCAUGGAGAUCAAGAACGACCGUAAGACGGGAAUGGUGACUGUACAACAAACCAAGUUCCUCAAGUCCGUGUUAACCAAGUUCGGAAUGGAUAACAGCAAGCCAGUGAAGACGCCUCAAGAUCCCGGCCUGAAGCUAACCAAGAACAUGUGUGAACAAGAAUGCAAGCACGAAGACACCAUGUGCAACGUGCCAUAUCGAAGUGCUGUCGGAGGCAUCAUGUAUCUCAUGGUCGCCACACGUCCGGAUCUAGCUGCUGCAGUGGGAUCAUUAUCCCAGUUCUCGUCCGACCCAUGCCCUGUUGAAAAGACAGCGGCUGUGAAGAAUGAUGAACUUUAG